AUGAUAAUAAAUGUUGUUAAUGGAAAUGACGCGUCAUGUUUCAAAAAUACUGAAAUCAACCAGCUGCAAUGUGUUCAACGUUUAAAUAAAACAUUAAAUAAACAUUUUGAAAAACGACCCGAAGAUAAAAUAAAAUUUGAAAGAUUUAAAAUUGAAAAUCUCGAUAACUUUAAUUUAGUUGAAUUAUUUUUUAUAAAACUUCUUCGUAUACCUAAUUAUAAUUUUAAAUUAAAAUGUUAUCAAUAUUGUGAUGAAUUACAAUCACAAUUAAAUUUAUUAAGUCAAUCAAUUGAUCGCAUUAUUCAUGGUAUUGAAUUAAUUUUACAUCAUGAAUAUUUACCUGGUAUAUUUCAACUUUUAUGUUAUUUAUACAAUAUUGUAUCAAACAAAUGUGUACCUGGUCUUGAUUUAAUAUCAUUAGUUGAUGCGCUAAAUUCACCAACAAAUCACAUAAAUAAAACUGUUGCACAUGUUCUUGCAGAAAUUCUUAAUGAACAUUAUUCAAAUUAUUUAAUAAAUAUAAUUAAUGAUCAAGAAUUGAUCGAAUUAAAGAAAUUAAUUUUAAUAAAAUAUGAAAAACUUUAUAUAGAAAUACGUGAAAUAUAUCAACAAUAUCAACAACUUGAAUAUGAAUAUAUAGAUAUUAAAAAUCAAUAUGAAUUACCAUUAUUUAUUUCAUCAAUGUUAUUAGAAGCAAAAAAACAAUUUGAAAAAUUAUUUCAACAAGAAAUUCUUAUAAAAAAAGGUGAACAAGAUUUAGCUAUUUAUUUUUGUUCGAAUGAUUUAACAAUUGAUAUUUGUUUAUCAACUGUUGGUCAAUUUGUUGAUAAACUUCGUCUUGCCCAUAUUGAAAAUAUGAAAGAACAAAAACAAAAAGUUUCAAUAACCAAUUAUGAACGUAAACAUUCCGUACUAUUGCCAAUAAAAAAAAAAUCUUCGUUUUUAUCAUGUGUUUAA